AUGCCUCUCAUCAAUGGAAACUCCAAUGGCUCCUUCAUUGGAGCCAUCGAUCAAGGCACAACCAGCUCACGCUUCCUCAUCUUCGACACUAGUGGCGAAGUUGUGGCGACGCAUCAGCUCGAGUUCAAGCAGAUCUAUCCUCAUCCUGGAUGGCAUGAGCAUGACCCAGAAGAGCUAGUAAGCUCUGUGGAAAAGUGCAUUGAUGGAGCUGUCGAGUCCUUUGAGGCUCGAGGCAACUCACGCGACCAGAUCAAGGCCGUGGGCAUCACAAACCAGAGAGAGACAACCAUUGUCUGGGAUAGAACGACGGGCAAGGCGCUGCACAAUGCCAUCGUCUGGACCGAUACUCGAUCUCAAGAGCUGGUCCGAAGACUGAAGCGUCGUCUCGGGGCCAGUGAAUUGCCCUCGAGAUGCGGUCUUCCUCUCUCCACAUACCCCUCUGUCAGCAAGCUGCUAUGGCUGCUCGAGAAUGUUCCUGAUGUCAAGGAUGCGUAUGAGCGCGGCGUGCUCGCUUUCGGUACCGUCGACACUUGGCUGACGUACAAGUUGAACGGCGGCACGGAGCGUGACAUUUACGUGUCGGAUCCUUCGAAUGCGUCACGCACCAUGUUCAUGAACCUCGAGACGCUCAAGUACGACGAGGAAAUCAUUGACUGGUUCCGUCUUGACCCCGCAAAGAUUACCCUGCCAAGGAUCGUGCGGUCCUCAGACACCAAGGCUUACGGAUCCCUGGCUGGCACAUGCUUGAAGGGCACCAAGAUCACCGGGUGCCUAGGUGACCAAUCUGCUGCCCUCGUCGGCCAAAAGGGUUUCACCCCCGGCCUCGCCAAGAACACAUACGGGACUGGCUGCUUUCUGCUCUACAACGUGGGGUCCAAGCCCGUCAUGUCUACCCACGGACUUCUGAGCACCGUCGCCUUUGACUUUGGCGAGGGCAACACCAUGUACGCGCUCGAGGGCAGUAUCGCCGUGGCGGGCUCGAGCGUCAAGUUCCUCGUCGACAACUUUGGCUUCAUCCAGUCGUCGUCCAAGCUGAGCGCCCUGGCCGAGACUGUCGAGGACAACGGUGGGUGCACUUUCGUAACGGCCUUUAGCGGCCUGUUUGCGCCGUACUGGAUUGACGAUGCCCGAGGUACCAUCUUUGGCAUCACAGCGUACACCCAGCGAGGCCACAUCGCUCGCGCCACGCUUGAGGCCACGUGCUUCCAGACGAAGGCCAUCCUGGAUUCGAUGGAGAAGGACAGCGGCCACGCCCUGACGGAGCUGGCCGUGGAUGGUGGCAUGUGCAACUCGGAUCUUAUCAUGCAGACGCAGUCUGAUCUUAUUGGUAUCCCUGUCAAUCGACCAGCCAUGCGGGAAACAACGGCUCUUGGCGCCGCCAUCGCAGCCGGUUUCGCAGUGGGAAUCUGGAAGGACUUUGAUGACCUCAAGAAUGUCAACACGGAGGGCCGGACCAUCUUUGAGCCCCAGAUCACUAAUGAAGAAGCGGCAGCUCGUUUCGAGACGUGGGAGAAGGCGGUCCAGAUGGCCAAGGGGUGGGCGAGCUAA